GUGGGGGUCAUACUUCGGAGGGAGGAGGUCGAGGUAGACGAUGAGGAAGGGAUUCUAUGUGGAUCCUCUUAUGGCUUUUGUGCUUGUCGUUGUGUUUCCUGUUGUUGUUGUGUGGAUGACGGAAUGAUCCACCGAGGAUGCGACGGAAGUGUUUGUGCGCCGUCACGAUCGGACUCUGCAAUGUAAUGUAAUGACGAAAUUGAAACGAAGCCACGUCUAACUUUUCCUGUAUGAUUCAAUGCUGACGAUGGGAGCUUUCUUUCUUUCUUACUUUUCACCAUUUCUCCUUUCCUUCCCAAAGGUCUCUUUUACCCCCUCGCGUGAUAGAGAUAGUAAGUAGCAUUUCGCAUCUGAAAUCGUCGCGGGAUGCAAUGGCCCGCCAGCCAGCGCCAGAUCAAUUCGAAACUAUUUUUGAUUCCAGGGGGGGUAGCCUGCCGGUCGCACAAGCCCAAGAGAGGCAGGUCGAUCUAUAUAUAUAUGAACACACAGAGAGGGGGAGGAAUCGAUCCGGGACGAGGCGGAGCGAUCAAACCCCCCCUCCCUGCAUCGAUUAUGCAAGCACGACACAUGUGAUACGACACGAACCGAAGCGGAGGGAGACCCCGAGGAGCCCGCUCGCCCGCCCGAAUCAAGCGAAGAGAAGAAAUUCCGAUUCCGUUUUGAUUCUCGAGAAGGGAUGGAGGACAAGACGCAGCUGCCCAGCAGCAGCAGCAGCAGCAGCAGUAGCCAGCGGCAGACGGACAAGUCAGGAAAGGAAAGGAAAGGGAAAAGUCCCCAUGUCCAAUCGACCACGGCCCCCCGGAAAUCAUCCUCGAUGCCGAAAACCAAAACAAGAGGGAGGGGAGAAAGCACGAAGACGACGGGAAACGAGUGAUGGAAAAAGAAAAGUGCAAAUAAGAACAGAGCCAAAAAUAAAAUAAAUAAAAAGCGGUGUUUCCCUUUUUCCUUCCUUCCUGCCUUCUUCCCUUUUCUUCCCUUCCCCUUUCCUUCCCACUCUCUCAGUCCGUCAGAUGAAGC